CAGCAUCCUUCAAAUGCUGCCCAAUCAAAACCAGCAUCCUUCAAAUGCUGCCCAAUCAAAACCAGCAUCCUUCAAAUGCUGCCCAAUCAAAACCAGCAUCCUUCAAGGGCUGCCCAAUCAAAACCAGCAUCCUUCAAAUGCUGCCCAAUCAAAACCAGCAUCCUUCAAAUGCUGCCCAUUUAAAACCAGCAUCCUUCAAAGGCUGCCCAUUUAAAACCAGCAUCCUUCAAAUGCUGCCCAAUCAAAACCAGCAUCCUUCAAAGGCUGCCCAUUUAAAACCAGCAUCCUUCAAAUGCUGCCCAAUCAAAACCAGCAUCCUUCAAAUGCUGCCCAAUCAAAACCAGCAUCCUUCAAGGGCUGCCCAUUCAAAACCAGCAUCCUCCAAAAAGCUAAAAAUCUCAAGAGCACUCUUUUUUUCCAGUUUGCCUACCCUAUUUGGACAUUUUAAAAAAAAAUGGGGGACAAUUUCUAUUUUUUAUUUCCAAAAAAAAGAAAAAAAAAGUUAAUGAUACUGGACAGACUUACUGUUGUGGUAUUUCCAUACUCCUAUAAUAUAUAAAGGCGAAUUAGACACACUUUCAAGCAUUUGACUCGUUAUUAUGAUCAUAGAAUCAUAAUAACACUUGUACACGUCAUCUUGUAUUUCUAAAGAUGCGCAUCUAUAAUGCUGCAUUAUUACUGGCUGAGAAAUUAAGGAACGAGGACUUUUUUAUCUUUUACAAACAUUCAGUUUGCUGUGAACGCUCCCCUCUCUGAUUUUGAGUGUAUAAUAAAAGGACUAAAGGAGACUCAUUUCACCUUACAGUUUAUAUCAAGUUAUAAGUCGCGUUCACUAAACAUAAAACAACUACAAAUAUCACAACUGUUGUAUUUGCUUAUUAUAAAAUUUGAUAACUGUUAUAAGUCGAUGACUAUGAAC